GUUCUGGUUCAAAACCAACUCUCAAGCAUUUCUGCAGACGCACUCACCGGUCUGACUGCAUUGCAGUACCUAUCUCUGAAUAACAACAGGAUCACUCGCAUUUCCGCAAACGCAUUCACCGGCCUGACAGCCCUGACCGUGUUGUAUCUGAGUUACAAUGAACUCCCCAGCAUUUCUGCAAACGCACUCGCUGGCCUGACUGCAUUGCAGUACCUAUCUCUGAAUAACAACCAGAUCACAAGCAUUGCUGCAGCCGCAUUCGCAGGCCUGACUGCGCUGACCCACCUACCCCUGGACAACAACCAGAUCACAAGCAUUUCCGCCGAAGCAUUCACAGGCUUGAGCGCGCUGCAGUUAUUGUCCCUUAACAGUAACCAGAUCACCAGCAUUGCCGCCAACGCAUUCACAGGUCUAAACGCGCUGACUUCACUGUAUCUAAAUCAAAACAACAUUGCCGGUAUUUCCGCAAACGCAUUCACAGGCCUGACGAAGCUGACUCAACUGUAUUUGGAUGACAAUCCCUUCACCACUUUGCCGCCUGGUCUGUUCAAGGGCUUGCCAAAGCUUUUGUAUUUGGGGUAUUGGUACCGGUCCGAACUGAGCCCCAACAACUUUACCUUUGGCGGUAACACUGUUGCUCCGCCUAGCACAUACGGCAGCGCAUCCCAGCCCUACAGGAGCGCCUCGUGUUGCGGAACCAAUUGUUUGUUUUGCAGCUCGUCCGCAGUGUGCACUCAGUGUUAUGAAGGCUACGACAUGAUGAGUGGAUCCUGCGUUCCUCUUGCUUCCAUCGGAUCAGUUGCGUCCAUGCAAUCUGCUUCGGCUGCCUCGGCGCUCUCAACAUCUUUUGCGUCACUUGCUACCGCAUCCUCAGCGUCCAUUGCCUCAACCGCCUCUGCCUCAAUUGCGUCUCUUGUUUCCGCCACAUCUGCUCUGUCGGCGUCUGUUGCUUCCAUUACUGCUGCAUCGUCCGCGUCCAUUGCAUCUGCUGCGUCAGCUGCGACAGAAGCAUCCAAAGCCUCCGGCGCUUCAGUUGCGUCUACACAAGCUGCAUCGUCAGCUUCGAUCGGCUCUGCUGUAAGCGCGUCAUCCGCAUCCAUUGCGUCUGACGUUUCCGCGGCCUCGGCGAUCUCUGCGUCCUUUGCUUCCAUCGCUACUGCAUCGUCUGCCUCGAUUGUAUCUGCUGUAAGCGCGUCAUCAGCAUCUAUCGCAUCUGAUGUUUCCGCGACCUCGGCGAUCUCGGCGUCCCUUGCGUCCGUCGUCACUGCAUCGUCUGCCUCGAUUGCAUCAGCUGCGUCAGCUGCGACACAAGCAUCCAAAGCCUCCGCCGCUUCAGUUGCAUCGACGCGAUCUGCUUCGGUUGCAUCUGUUGCGUCAGCUGCGUCAGCAGCGACACAAGCAUCCAAAGCCUCCGCCGCUUCAGUUGCGUCUACACAAGCUGCAUCGUCAGCCUCGAUUGCAUAUGUUGCGUCAGUAGCGACACAAGCAUCUAAAGCCUCCGACGCUUCAGUUGCGUCUACACAAGCUGCAUCGUCAGCCUCGAUUGCAUAUGUUGCGUCAGUAGCGACGCAAGCUUCUAAAGCCUUCGGACGCCUCUUUACGUCGGCUGCGUCAGCUGCGACACAAGCAUCCAAAGCCUCUGGUACGUCGGCUGCGUCAGCUGCGACACAAGCAUCCAAAGCCUCCGCCGCCUCUGUUGCGUCAGCAGCGACACAAGCAUCCAAAGCCUCCGCCGCUUCAGUUGCGUCGGCUGCGACACAAGCAUCCAAAGCCUCUGCCGCUUCAGUUGCGUCUACACAAGCUGCAUCGUCAGCUUCGAUCGGCUCUGCUGUAAGCGCGUCAUCCGCAUCCAUUGCGUCUGACGUUUCCGCGGCCUCGGCGAUCUCUGCGUCCUUUGCUUCCAUCGCUACUGCAUCGUCUGCCUCGAUUGUAUCUGCUGUAAGCGCGUCAUCAGCAUCUAUCGCAUCUGAUGUUUCCGCGACCUCGGCGAUCUCGGCGUCCCUUGCGUCCGUCGUCACUGCAUCGUCUGCCUCGAUUGCAUCAGCUGCGUCAGCUGCGACACAAGCAUCCAAAGCCUCCGCCGCUUCAGUUGCAUCGACGCGAUCUGCUUCGGUUGCAUCUGUUGCGUCAGCUGCGUCAGCAGCGACACAAGCAUCCAAAGCCUCCGCCGCUUCAGUUGCGUCUACACAAGCUGCAUCGUCAGCCUCGAUUGCAUAUGUUGCGUCAGUAGCGACACAAGCAUCUAAAGCCUCCGACGCUUCAGUUGCGUCUACACAAGCUGCAUCGUCAGCCUCGAUUGCAUAUGUUGCGUCAGUAGCGACGCAAGCUUCUAAAGCCUCCGACGCCUCUGUUGCGUCGACGCAAUCUGCCUCGGUUGCAUCUGGUACGUCGGCUGCGUCAGCUGCGACACAAGCAUCCAAAGCCUCCGCCGCCUCUGUUGCGUCAGCAGCGACACAAGCAUCCAAAGCCUCCGCCGCUUCAGUUGCGUCGGCUGCGACACAAGCAUCCAAAGCCUCUGCCGCUUCAGUUGCGUCUACACAAGCUGCAUCGUCAGCGUCAAUUGCAUCUGCUGCAAGCGCGUCGUCAGCAUCCAUUGCGUCUGAUGUUUCCGCGACCGCAUCGUUGGCUUCCGUCGUUGCUGCUGCAUCUUCAGCCUCUCGGGCGUCCGCAUCUGUAGCCUCUGCUGCUUCUGCUGCUUCUGCCCUCUCAGCCUCUGCCGCGUCAACCGCAUCGGCAUCUGCUGCUUCUGUUGCAUCUUCCAUUGCACAGUUCGGCGCUGGAUCCCAAGACUCAUCCUCGUCGGCGGCUGUCAUCGCUGCUGUCGUUGCGUCCGUGGCAGUCAUUGCGCUCAUUGCAGUGGUCUUUAUCGUGUUGCGGCGCCGGCGCUCGCAACGCUCUGUCAUACGACCGAAGGACUCUGCCGGUCCCGUCAUCGAUCAGACGACAAUUGAAAUGACAAUGUCUCCUCUGGCCCAUUCGAGUGAAUCUCGCAUCGAGGAUGACGGCUCAACCUCCUCCAAGCCCAGCCAAAAGCUGCAGCCAGAAUCGCAGAACGCUGCCAGUCCCAUCUACCAGGAGGCUGAUGAAGUGACAACUUCCCCUCAAAACCAUUCGGCUGGAGCACACGACAAAGCGGACAUUCCAUCCCAUGCGGCGGUCGCUCAACAACAGUCGUAUCAAGCUGUCCCGACCGCCCCGCCAGAGGAGGUGGUUGACGAUGAUACGAGCGCGUAUGUUGCCGGCAGCAAUUCUCGUCGCGUUCGCGAAGGCUUGACCAUUGGGAAGCACCUUGCCAGUGGUGAAUUUGGCGAUGUGUCACUGGGUCAAGUGCCUUUCAACGUGUUGCCCACAAGAGCUCAAACCUUGCUCGGACCUACAGCGUCGCCAACCGUGCUGGUUGCAGUCAAGUCUUCCAAGGCCGACGCUGACGAGAAAUCUCGCCAAGACUUUGAGGCUGAGGCGAGAUUGAUGGCGCCGUUUGUGCAUCCGAAUGUCGUGCGGUUGCUUGCGGCUCUGGUCGAGUCAGAGCCCCAUCUCGUUCUGCUAGAGUUUGUGCAGUACGGCGAUUUGCGCACGCUGCUGCAAAAGUCCAAGCUGUAUUCGCUUUGGUGGACGCACAACGAGCAGGUGCAUGCCAUUCGCCAGAUUGCUCUCGGCAUGGAGUAUCUGGGCACGCUUAACUUUGUGCACCGAGAUCUUGCCGCGCGCAACUGCCUUGUGGGGCAAGGAAUGGUGGUCAAGAUUGCCGAUUUCGGGCUUUCCCGCGAAUUGACGGAUGAGCAAGAUUACUAUCGCAUGCAAACGCGAGGAAAACUUCCCGUGAAGUGGAUGGCACCGGAAACAAUGACCUUCCGCAAGUUCUCGUCCAUGUCGGAUGUGUGGUCGUUUGGUGUGACUGCCUGGGAAUGCUCUAGUUACGGCGCAAUGCCGUACGGCAAGAUGAAUGGCGCUGAGGCACUGGCUCAUCUGGAGGCUGGUGGUCGACUACCCAGGCCGGAGCACUGCUCAACUGACCUGUUUAGCUUGAUGUUUAGUUGCUGGAACUCCAUCCCAGAACUACGUCCAAGCUUUACGCAGCUCGUCAAAGCUCUGAAAAACUUUGAGGAUGGAACACCGAUCCGUGAGAUCGGGGCUCUGUUGUGA